UUUUUUUUGUUAGUUUCUUAAAUUUUUAUUCAUAUUUAUGCCUGCUUUGCCAGAACCUCCUACCCGUGUUGGAGCUGCUAUUCCAGCCCAUACACCUCAUGCUAUCUCUGUCAUGUUCCCAACGUGGCAAGAUAAUAUCCUUUAUGAAGAAGGCAACCCCAUAGUCACUUCUAAAAUGGAAUGUGGUUACCCGCGAUUCUUUAUUCACCCAUUCAUUCAAAAAUUAUGUGCACGCCUUAUUGCUAAAUUCGGUAAAGAAAAUGAUUCCGGCAUGCUUUUUCCUUCUCACAAGGUUGCUGAACAGUGUAGAUCCUUUAUGAAGCGCUACUACAAGGAGCCCACUGGCACUGUUCGUAUCGCCGAAUUCGAAAUUGUUCCCAAUAGCUCCUCCAGUGAGCUCCAACGAGUGCCUAUUCACAUUGUCUUGUUUCCUCAAGAUGCUUUCCCUAUCGCUAAACAAUUUUGGCAACAUGCAGGUGACAUUAUCUCCUCUCGAAUGGCCGAAUAUUGUUUACGCAUAUUGGACGAGAACAGCCAAAAAUCUGCAAAUAAUGCCGAAAAGUCUGAUAAGACGGAUUUGUACAAGCCCAAACAAACAAUGGGAAGCCGCAACAGAAGUCAUUAUAGCAGUAAACCUGUAAAGAAGGUUGAACAAAAGGACGAGGAAGCUGUAGAGCAGACUACCUAUCUUGAAGAGCGCUAUGGACGUAAUUUGCCUGUCAAGUUUGCCAAUGAUGCAAGAGUUGCUUUAAGACGCAGAAUUGCUGGUGUUUUAAUUGGAGAAGAGGAGGUAAAUGUUUCGGACCUUGUCAACAAGAUUUCUUCCAUUGAUCUGGAAGAACAACGUCAGGUGAAGGGUGAACGUGGUAUCAAGGGUUUAUCCGAAGACGAUGUAUAUUUAUAUCCAUGUGGUAUGAGUGCCAUUUAUCAUGCUCAUCAAAUAUCCAUGAUUUUAGGCGACCAACCACUUCAGAGUAUCUGCUUUGGUUUUCCUUACACAGACACUUUAAAGAUUUUGCAAAAGUGGGGACCUGGUUGCAUCUUCCUUGGACUGGGCGAAGAAGAGAGUAUAGACGAAUUAGAAGAGCUUUUAAAGUCUGGUCAACGCUUCUUGAGUUUGUUUUGUGAAUUGCCCUCCAAUCCAUUAUUGAAGUCUCCCAAUAUUAAACGUCUUCGUCGCUUAGCAGAUGAGUAUGGAUUUUUUAUUGUGGUGGAUGAAACCAUUGGUAACUUUUGUAAUGUCGGUGUUCUCGAAUGGGCAGAUUUGGUGGUAAGUAGUUUAACCAAGAUUUUCUCUGGUGAUUCCAAUGUCAUGGGUGGAAGUAUGAUUUUAAAUCCAAAUGGAAAAUAUUAUGAUGGUUUUAAAGCUGCUUUAAAGGUGGACUAUGAAGACUUACUUUGGUCAGAAGAUGUUCUCUUUUUAGAGCGUAACUCUCGAAACUUCAAGGAGCGAUCUCGUAUCAUCAACAGAAAUGCUGAGGAAUUAUGUGAUUACUUAAUCACUCAUGAAAAAGUUGAAAAGGUAUAUUAUCCCAAGUAUACAAGCAGAGAAAACUAUGACUCUGUAAAGCAUGAUACUAAGGAUGCUGGUUACGGUGGUUUAUUCUCUAUCGUUUUGAAAGAUGAAAAGAGUGCUGCUUCAUUUUAUGAUAAUUUGCACUGUGCUAAAGGACCAUCCCUUGGUACAAACUUUACCUUGUGUAGCCCUUAUACCAUCCUUGCUCAUUUUACAGAGUUGGAUUGGGCAGCACAAUUUGGUGUGUGUCCUUACUUGGUCCGUGUGAGUGUUGGGUUAGAAGAUAGAGAAAAAUUAUUAUCCAUGUUUAAGCACGCUUUAGAUGCUGUUAAUUAAAGAAAAACACCUUUUGUUUCAGUUC